AUGAUGCUACCUGAGUACUUAAUGCAAAAACCUACAGUCGAUGAAGCCAUAGACACAUUAAAGAAAUUCGGUGUCCCUGAAGACGAAAUGGCCGCUUUAGAUAGACAGCUGGCACCUGCCGCCCCCAAAACCACCACCACCACCAUGGAUUCCAACAACCGGAAGCUUGGAUUUGUGAGUGGCGGUGUACAGUUGUUGGAAACCGCCUCUAGAAUCCAAAACCAGGAAGAGAUUGAGCUUCCGGAGAGUGAUGAUGAAGAAGAUGAUGAUGGGAAGGUUGAGAUCUCACAGAAAGAUGUUCUAGAAGUUGUUUUUGGAGGACUUGUGAGAAAAAGGGAUGGUGAAGAAGAAGAAGAACAAGUGAAAAAAGAUAAUGCAAAUGGUGAUGCUGGUAGUCAACAGUGGAGAUAUGAGAGGGAAGAGGCGGAAGUUUUUUUAGUCCUGGCUUCCAUCAAUUAG